GCAUUUUCUCCCUUUUUCUCCCAAUUUUUCCAAUUUAUACCCAAUUGCAUUACGCUUACUCUUCACUGGAGCUGAUCCCCACCCCGAUUGAGGAGAGUGAGACUGUCACACGCCCCCUCCGACACAUGUGCACAUGUGCGACUGCAUCUUUUCACUUGCACGAGCACGUUUAACCAACACAGUGUCAUCCUGUGUCACUUAGUGGUUUACUAGCUUGUUGGCCAUCACUGCUUUAAGAGCCACACACAGACUCACUUAUACAGAGACCCGGAGACCCUAAACCUGAGCACCAUGGAGAAAAAAAGUGCCACCAUUUAUCUGCUUGCCAUCUUAGGUGCAUUGUUGGUAACAACUACAAAUGGUGAUGAAAUAGGCAGUGCAAAUAAUAUUUCUUCAAACUCAGUUCCAAAGGCGAACUCCACAAAUGAUUCAGUUUCCCAACCUACAAACGAGACAGUAUCACCAGCAACAGAUGCUUCAGGCGAUGACCAAGAAUCAACAUCUUUCACUGCUCCAGAGUUGACAAUCACAAAUGUUUUAGGACCCAAUACAACCGCAACAGCAACACCAACAACAGUGGUUUACUAGUUUGUUGGCCAUCACUGCUUUAAGAGCCACACACAGACUCACUUAUACAGAGACCCGGAGACCCUAAACCUGAGCAACAUGGAGAAAAAAAGUGCCACCAUUUAUCUGCUUGCCAUCUUAGGUGCUUUGUUGGUAACAGCUACAUAUGGUGACAAUACAGACAGUACAAAAAAUAUUUCUUCAAACGGUAACAACACCAUCACCACCUUCAUUCUGAAGAUGCCAAAGGCGAACUCCACAAAUGAUUCAGUUUCCCAACCUACAAAUGGGACAGCAUCACCAACAACAGAUGCUUCAGGCGAUGACCAAGAAUCAACAUCUUUCACUGCUCCAGAGCCGACAAUCACGAAUGUUUCAGGACCCAAUACAACCCCAACAGCAACACCAACAACAGAACAUCCUGACAAAGACAACAAUACAGAAUCUCCAAGUGUUUCAGAAACUAAAUCUGCAGAUGCUUCAGGAACCCAAACAACCAUGAAAACAGCACGGACAACAAACACUGACCACAAAGACGUUUCAAAGCCCACAAAUGCCCCCAGCAACGGGAUUAAACCAGCAUCAAUGUUUAUAAUCAUCUUCAUCAUCGCCCUAGUGACCGUGAUACUUGCGAUUAUCUGCUGUGUUCGUUCAAAUCGCAGGCGUUCCUCUGAGGACAUUAAUGGUAAAGUUGGAGACCCUCAAAUUCCUCUUGCUUCAGUGGACCCGGAAUUGUGUGACUUCAGUUCAACUAAAGACAUGAAAACAUUUACUUUUGCUGAAAACUCUACCCCAGCAACUGAGACAGCAGAGACGACUGAUGAAAAAGCCACAGACAUGAAAACAUUAGCUGAAAACUCCACCCCAGCCACUGAGACAGCAGAGAAGACAAAGAAUGGAGAAAAUGAAGAAAAAGCUCCUGCUGAAGCUGACCAGCAGGUCAAGGAGUCCGCAGAAUCAGAGACCACUGCAACAUCUACUGAGAAACCAGCCGAACUGGUCGAUGUUGAUCUCACUGAUAAGAAACCACCAAUCACUGCCAACACUUCAACUGAGACUGUGGAAGACCCUCCUAGUGAGAACAACACCAACAUCCAGGCAUGAGCAGACGACUGAAGAGGAAAUGUCUAAUUUACGGAACUGGAAAAGAAGACUGCAUAACAUAAUGAAUUCAGAAAAAAGUGCAAAAUAAAAAUGUUCUUUUCUUUUUUAAGCUGAACAAUAGAAUAUUUAAAUACAUUGUGUAAUGUAAUAGAAAUCAAUCAACUGUGUUUAUUAUCUGCAAUUGCUGCACUAUAUUUGUAGUGUAGAGGGGCAGUACAGGGGUUUAUCAAAGGGGUUGGGUGCAUGGUUAGAAAUACUUAGGGGAUUGUUACUGUGUAAUUUGCUCAGUUUUAGGGACCUGGAGCAUUUGAUAAAUGGUGUAAAUGUAAAUGUGUUGUGAGAAUUUAUUUUUUGUAAGAUAACAUCUUUUGUACCUAUAUUAGAAAACCUGUGUGAUAAAUGUGAUAUUUUUAAUCUAGCUGUUUCAAGGCAAUGUAUUGUAUAGAUCUACUAAAUAUGCUCCAUGUGUGAUUUAUUACAAAUCAUGUUCAAUACUAGGAUUUCUUCUGUCCAUCUCUGUCCACUGCAACUUCAGUAUUUCUGAAAUAUUAAACUAUGAGUCUAUCAAGCCAUUGAAUUCAGUAUCUAGUAGUAGUUUAACUUAAUAAUGAAAUAUAUUUUUGGCUAUUGCACACGGCAUCCAUUUUUUUUCCAAAAAAGACCUGGAAUGCUGAUUCAUCUGACCACAAUCCACGUUUCCACUGUGUGAUGGUCCAUCCUAGAUGCCUCCGAGCCCGGAGAAGUCAACGCGGCUUUUUGCACAGUAAAGUUUUAAGUGCCAUUUGUGCAGUAACUCUGUAUUGUAGAGCUUGACAAAGGUUUGCCAAAGUAAUCCCUCACCCAUGUGGUUAUAUCAGUUAUUGUUGAGUGGCGGUUCUUGAUGCAGUGCCGUCUGAGGGAUUAAAGAUCAAGGGCGUUCAGCUUAAGCUUGCACACUUGACCUUUACGCACUGAAAUUCCUUCCAAUUCCUUGAAUGGUUUAAUGAUAUUAUGCACUGUAGAGGGAGAAAUUACAAUGUGUUGCAGGCCUGAAAUGCAUGAAUGGAGGUAUAUUAAUAAAUUAAUUCAAACUGUCUGAAUCAAAUAAAAGUAAAUGUGAGAAA